AAACUAGUGAGGUCACAUUCUUUCCGCAACAACACUUGUACAGGAACUUGGAACACCUUUACAGGUGAGGCAUCCCGGGCUUCCUUGUGGAAACAUGAGCGCUCCUCCACUCAUGAAGAUUGUCUUGUUUCUUAUCGGGGCUUUGUACUCUCCUACAGGCACCACCCAAUCCCCCAGCCCUGUUAACGUCAGCUUCUCUUCGGUGAACCUGAGAAACGUUCUCCAGUGGCUCCCUGGAAACACGACGCUGGAUGGCACUCGCUUCAUCGUGCAGUAUGCCUUGUACGGAGACAGCAAAGGGAGUAGGGUCAACUGGAGGCCCGUGGAAAAGUGCAAGGGAAAAACGGAGACACACUGCGACUUGACGCGCGAAACGUGGGAUGAGAAGAACAACUACUAUGGAAGAGUACGCUCGGUUGUGGGCUCCAGGGUCUUCUCCAAGUGGGCUGUGACUCAAAGGAGAUUCAAUCCGAAGUCUGACACGACAUUUGGACCGCCUCUGCUGUCAGUGGAGGUUGAGGACAACAAGGCCAUCAUCCAUCUGAAAGGUCCAAUCAGAUACCAGACAGAUGACCAUGCUCCGCCCAUUUACAUGGCAACACUGUACCCCAGGAUGACUUAUAACCUCUCGGUGCACAACAGCCGUCAUGACCAGGUGCAUCACUUCCCAGUCAUAUCCACCCCGUACACAUACCGGAUGAUGGAUUACGACGCCGAAUACUGCUUCUCCGCCGAAGCCAGAAGCGCCCUGCGCUUUCAGUGCCAGCCAUCUGAGCGUUACUGCCUAACCAGCAGCAAAGAUCCCAGAUCAAACCAGCUGCAGAGGGUGGUUGUGGGUAUUGUGGUUCUGUCGGUGUGCAUCUGUAUUCCUCUCGUGGUGGGUUACUUUCUCUACCACUACCUGACAGGCAAAGAACAGAAGACACCCUUCAUUCUGGAUCAACCUUGGCUUUCAAUUCGACCCCAGACCCUCCUGCCCGACAGGUUCUACCCUAUCCUCAUCCCCAUUGUCACAAGCGAUCUUUUGUCCGACACAUCAAAAGGUGUUGUCAGGUCCGUGGAUGUUCCUGCUCGCCAUACCGUCUCCGAGUGCUACAUCCCGCAGGAGUGCACACAAACUGUGUUAGAAAAAAGUGUGCAGACCCAAACGCCAUCGUUUUCUCCUGUGCCCGAUGUGAACAUUGUGGAGGAGGGAGACUUUUCAAGGUCUUAUGUGACCAAUAGCCCUCCAAACGUCGAGACACCCUCCGAGGGUUUGAUGGAGCAAGACGUGGAAACAAACAGGACCCUUGUCGAAGAUGUUCCAAGAGAACCCUUCCUUCCUUGCUCCUACUGUGCACCCUCAAACGUCUCAACCGAAGACUAUGCUGUCCUCUCGGUGAUGGCAGUGGACGAAGAUGAAGAGGACGUGUCUCUCCACAUCAACUGGGACCCUCAGUUGAGAAAACUGUUGUUGCCAGGGACAGAUAACAAACAGGAGGAAGAGGAGGAGCUGCGGUUGGACAACGUGCUCCUUCGACAGGUGUCCGAGGAAGAGGAGGAGCUGCGGUUGGACAACGUGCUCCUUCGACAGGUGUCCGAGGAAGAGGAGGAGCUGCGGUUGGACAACGUGCUCCUUCGACAGGUGUCCGAGGAAGAGGCGGGGCCACAGCAGGCGGACGAUCCAGGCUUGUGUCUGGAGGAUAUUGUCAGCAAAUGGAAUUUGGUUAUCUCCAUGGAGGACUGCAGCGGCGUUCCACUCGCAGUAGCCACUCGCCGUAGCCACCUGUCGCUUCCCCGCUGGCUUCGGGGACACAUGGCCUGGACACCCGCCACCAAAUCCUCCAUGCGCCCUCCCAUGAGUUGAGAUAUUGUUCUUGUUUGGGGACUCUGGGACGUCUGGAAUCCGUUUCUGGAAGGGGUGGAGGGUGUAGUGUGGGUACUGUCAUGACCUGAUAUGGCCAGGUCAGACUUUGUACAUUGUUUUUCCGCUGUUUAGGGUUUAUUUCUAUUAAAGCGCUCCGUCCCUCCUUUUGUUAACCUGCCACUUCUUGCUCUGAGCGCUGAUUGAGCACACCUGCCUCUGUUUAGUGAUCACGAUGCUCACCUGCUUCUGGUCACUAAUCAGAGAGGUUUAUAUGCCAGCCUCACCGGUCAGUCAGGGCUGAAACAUUCAUGUGGAUUUGUAACUCUCCCUUUGUUUCAUGUUUGCUUCAAUUAUGCUUUGCAAAGGACAUUAUAUUUUUGCUUCAUGUUUCAUGUGUGCUUCCCUGUGGCUUUUGGGAAUUAAAGAAUGUUCUUACUUGCAAAUUGUCGCCUGUUUCCGCAUCUUGGGGUCACAACUAUCGCAACUAUGCUAACUAACUCCAUAUAUGUUGCCACACGUAUGUAAGAUGGAGCUGCACAAAUGCCAGUUUGCACGCCCUUUCUAGACAUACUAAACAAAUACGUAAAACACGGCUGCAGAACAAUUUCAUUCUUGAUCAAUCACAUUCCAUCCAUUUUCUACCGCUUGUCCUUUUCGGGGUCGCAAGGGGUGCUGGAGCCUAUCUCAGCUGCAUUCGGGCGGUAGGCGGGGUACACCGUGGACAAGUCGCCACCUCAUCACAGGGCCAACACAGAUAGACAGACAACAUUCAUACUCACAUUAUCAAUUACAUUGUGUGUGCUAAAUCAUAAUAUUUGCAUCUCUUCCCGACAUUGUGGGCAUUCUGAUAUAGUUUGCAUAUUUAUGAAUAUGUCAUGCUAAAUGCGUUGGGUUCCAUAUUCGUCUCACUUAGGAGAGGCAAGUAUAUUAACACAGGCAAGCCUUUAGUAGAUCAGGCCCUAAAUUCUAUUGUGAAUAAAGACAUUUUCUUUUUUCUGCAGUCACAUCAAUACCGUAUCGGGAUAUGGAUUUUUGCAAAACUUCUGUAUCGCAAAACUCUUGUAACGGUUGAUUAUGUCGAUUAAGGAUGUGAAUCUUGCAACAACUCACGAUUUAAUUGGAUUACAUUUUUUUGGAUGAGGCUACGAUUCAGAAUCCAUUCCCCAUUCAACACAAGUCUGGCAAUUUAUGAUUUGGUAUAUAGAUGAUAAUAAAACAUUUUCAAAACAGGUUGCAUGUUAAAAUAAUUUAUUUUGUCUAUUGAUGUAUAUCAGGGGUGGGCAAUUAAUUUUCACCAGGGGCCGCAUAAGCAACCCGAGCACUGCUGGAGGGCCACACGACAAUAUUUCAAUUAAAUUUUGCUCAAUAUUAUUUUUGAUAUACCGUAAGAUAAAUAAUAAUGAUGAUAAUAAUAAUAAUAAUUAAUAAUAAUAAUUUAAUUUAACCUAACUUAACUUUAUACAAAAGCAGAUUGCUUUUGAUGGUCACUUUAUCCUGCAUUAUCCAACAUUUUUCCCCAUCAGAUUUGGACAACCAUCUGUUGUUAAAAAUAGUUUUUAAUCAUAUUUAUUUUAUAUUGUUUUUUAUAUUGGUUUUAUAUGUAAUUGUUUUUUCUUUUUAUUCAGUCAUUGGU